UUGCUUUUCUAAACAAGCGUUAAAAACAAUGGUAGUUAAUGAAUACGUAUUCUCACGAGUAAAGUAAAGUGUAUAGUGUAUAUGCAUAGAUAUCAGUGGCCGAAAUUUCGGAAAAUCGUUCCGAUAGUUGUUACGAGGGCAAUCGUAGAAAUUAGCGAACAAUACGGACGAAAACCAACAUUCCUGGAUGUUGCUUGUUGGUGGGGAUUGGAGGGGUGGCCAAUAGCGUUUGCGCGGGAGAAAGGUACAAAACGGGGGACAUAUUCGUAGGGGGAUCAUAGGAACGCGGUCGUAUCGUCGCUCGGCAGCGCCGCGACGCCCUCGAGGCGAACUAGACGUAACACUCUGUGCUCGACACUACUGAGACUUUUCGACGUUUCUAACCUUGUCUUGGCGCUGUGUGCUGUUCCGUUCGUUUAUACAGUAAUAUAGUGUCGUGCGUUGUCUUUCACAUUCUUCUUUCAUAAGUCAGUUUUUUUAGUUUUGUGAUUAUAAGUUCGAGGUGAAUCAUUCAAUUUUUGGACAAGAAAAAGAGAGAAAAAUCUGGUGACGCGAAACGAUUGUACUCGCCUUAGGAACAAAAUACUCUAAAUUUACACGCUACAUUCCGUGUUAAUGCAGCGGCCUUCUCGAAGCGGUAAACUUUAUGAAAACUUCGGUAGUCGGGAUCGAGGCGUUGCCAAGGUCACGAGGGAGGAGCUGAGGUCAUCGCUGCACCUAUGUUGUGCGGCGAACUGCUGAACGGCGGGCUCGUGAGUAGCGGAGCGGUACCGGUGAUUCCCCACGGUCUCUUAGGAUUCUGGUUGCCCGGCUGUUUACGCGCCACCAGUCCGACCUCGCUCAACUCGUCUUAUCUGACCCUGUUGGCCGAGCUUCUGGCCACGGGCCACCAGGAUCGUCGUCGAAACGAGCCGAUGGACCUCGCGAACAGGAGCCACCAGGCUCCCACCAACGGGGCGCUCGACCUUGACCUCGACCUGCAUGCCGACGACAUCGACGAGAACGUCUUUCUCGAAAACGGUCUGCUCUCUUUCGAGAAUCCGAAUUACCACUUGGACCCGGCUCGCCUGGACGAUGCUCUGAACAGCAACGAGAACGGGAGUUCCCUGUACGAUGAGUUGUAUCAAGAAUUGGUCGGGAACGGCGGCAGAAGCGGCGAAGUGACUGGCGGCGGCGGCGGGGGCGGUGGCACGAGGGUUCAAGCGCGCAGAACGUAUGCCACGUUGGAUCUGGGCAGCAUGGGGGUUGACGUCACUCAAGGUCCUCUCACCCAGGACUCCGUGACGGAGGACGCGCAGGACAACACCGACAACCACAACCUAGGGUACAGCAGCGAGGGUGUUGCGGAGUCUGCUCUGGUCGACGACACCCUCAACGGAAAUCCUCGAUCUUCGUCGUCAUCCUCCUCGAUUCUGGCCCCCGUACAGUCAGCAUCCGCGGACACUGCGGUCGACGCUGCGAAUCUAUCCGAUUCGAGAAAUUAUUGCGAGAAAGCGGAUAACGAAACGACAGAGAUGGGAGGCGUUCCGCACGUGGAGGGUGGAUUGAACAGCGAGCUGUACGCGGUCCCUGUGAAGCGGAGGCAGCCCAAGGAUCAAAAGAACAAUGCCACUUUGCAGAACAAUGGCCAGGAGAAGCCUGCGGAGGUAGAUACCACCGAUUCCGAGGACAAAGAUGAGAAUCUGCCACCAGGAUGGCAGAAACACGAGGACGAGAACGGACCUUAUUACUGGCACGUGAAAAGUGGGAAUAUACAGAGAGAGCCACCGGAAGCGCCGCCACAUUCCAAAAGGGAGUCGCGCAGAAGUCUGAUCAAGGACAACGAUAGCAUAAACAACUUCCACACGUUAAGCGGCAUGGUCAAUACCGUCACCCGCAGUAACACGAGCUCGGCCUUGGAUCAAGAGUUGGAAAACAAGAGAAAAGUGGAGCUAGCUCUCAAGCGACGAAGCUAUCCCGCACGAGCGGACUCCGAGGGCAGGGACAAACCUAUCAGAUUCGCGGUACGAUCCCUCGGCUGGACCGAAAUCGCAGAGGAAGAUUUGACGCCCGAGAGAAGCAGCAAGGCAGUCAACAAAUGUAUCGUAGACUUGUCCUUGGGAAGAAACGAUCUUCUGGACGUGGUCGGGCGAUGGGGCGAUGGCAAAGACUUGUUCAUGGAUCUGGACGAAGGCGCGUUGAAACUGAUAGACCCGGAGAAUCUUACCGUGCUCAACACACAGCCGAUACACACGGUGAGGGUGUGGGGUGUUGGCAGAGACCAUUGCCGUGAAAGGGACUUUGCGUACGUGGCAAGAGACCGGUCCACUCGGAAGCACAUGUGCCACGUGUUCCGUUGCGACAUUCCGGCGCGCACGAUCGCGAACACGCUUCGCGACAUUUGCAAGAAGAUCAUGAUCGAGCGAUCGCAACACCAGAAUCUCGCGAAACCGGUGGACAUCAACGGGCGAACAAGCCUCGCCACCAGACCGACUAAUCUGCCCACCGAGCAUCGACGCUUCCAUAGAAACGGACAAGCGCUAGUCAGUAAGUAAUCGAGGAGUGUAAGAUUUCCACAGAUGGAAGAGAGAGAGAGAGAGAGAGAGAGAGAGAGAGAAGGAGAGAAAAGAGAGAGAGAGAGAGAGAGAAGAGAAAGGUUCCGAUGACUCUCUUGCUCGCAGUGCAUGUUGAUCGUCCAUCGAUGACGGCCACACGUCGUGGGAGCCAUCGUCAUUGCAAAAGAUACAAAGUUGUGCGGGACCCAGAACGAAGAGAUAUUUCUAUGUAGCGUUUAAAUAAGAAGGAUGGCUGGCCGGAUAUAGGGAAGAAGGUUGAGUGCAUAGAGCAUGAAUGUGUAGAGGAAUGUGAGAAAGAGGAACGCGUGCGUGAUGUAGAGUCGCUUGAUGAGGGAUUUUCAUGUGACAAUUAUAUCUAGAUGAGGAUGUAAGAGAGAUAAGGGACAGAAUCGCGAAGAUGAUUUUCAUUCUUUGUACAUAAGAAAAAGAAAAAGAAAAAAAAAAAUACACGUUACGAGGAUCACCUGCCUUUUACUGUAAAGAAGAAUAAGAGGAUGAGGAAGAAAAGAAAAAAAAAUGUGGAACGUAGCGAAUGUUAUUAAACGAGAGAUGAUAAUUGCUGCGAAACGCCUCGUCUCUUGGCUGAAUGUUAUAAAUCGGAAGAAAAAAUCCUCUAAAAGGGCGACAAGCGUUUUACAAGCACCGUGGCCCUUUUUCUGGAAAUUCCCUUUCGAUCUAUCCGCAGCUUCGAAAUUUCCUUUCACCCCUUAUAUUAUAUCUUUUUUUUUUUUCUUUUUUUGCGUUCCUUCCGUUAUCUGGUCACUCUCAAUCUCUACGCGGAUAGGCUUGAGAACCAUGUCACGAACAAUAAUUGAACACGGAAUAUCGCGCGACGAGGCCUCCCGUGCGACCCUAAUUCCGGAAACUCGGAUCCCUCUAUUUUACAAAAAGAAAGAACCAGCAAUGUUUCUUCUGCUAUUGAUAUAUCGUUGAUACGAUUUCUUGCUUUGAUAUACAUAUAAAUAUAAAUAUAAAUAUAUAUAUAUAUAAAUAUAUAUAUAGUUGUUGAAUUUAUAUUAUCGUAAUGUUAGAUCGAGCGAGCGAUCGAGGGUGGCACGAGACAGCCUCGAGGGUGCGACGUGCGAAGAUAUAAUGUGGUAAUGGAUGUAAAUAUUAUUAUACAUUCUCGUAUAAAAAUGUAAUAAACUGAAGAGACGAAAAGAAAGAUCGAGAAGAAAGUUACGGUUAGCAUCGUUGCACCUAAUAAAAAAAAAAAAAAAAAAAGAAAUUAGAAACAACUGACAUAUUAUUCAGGAGUACACUUACAUACAUACAUAUAUACAUACGUACAUACAUACAUACAUGCAUAUAUACAUACACGCAACACACACACAAGCACAUGCAUCACACAUAAAGAAAAAAAAAACACAUAUACAUAUUCACAAACUACACGUAGCUUAACUGUCUCCUUAAUAUAGGUGUUGACAUGUCGCCAGGAAGGAUACGAGAGUAUCGUUGAAACGAGAAAAUGUCAUUCGGAGGAUUGAAAGAGAUGAAAAAAAGGAGGUGGAGGAGGGUAAAGGAGAAGGGAAGCCACUUAUAACUGACAUAGAAUAAUGCAAACCUAACUAUAUUUACUGUGACAUGUAAUAUCCUUAAUGACAAAAAAAAAAAAUGCGAUCUACUUGAUAGGAGAGUUGUUCUGCACAAACACGAUGCUUCAUUGAUAAUUAUAGUGUCUCUCUCUCUGUCUCUCUCUCUCUCUCUCUCUCUCUUUCUCUAUCUCUCUAUCUUCAAAAAAUACGUACCUCUCUAUACCUUAUGGCAAUUAAAUGUAUCCAACACGAUAUUUUCGAUCGACAAUUCGUUUCGGGAAAUCGAGAACGAACGCUAUCCGCGUUCAAACGCGAACGACUAUCGUUUCACUCGAUUCGAGCUCAUCAAACGAGUCACACGCAUAGACACGCAUCAUCGAACGAUCAUUGUUAAUUCUAAUUGUAAUCACGAUCAUUAUCGUCGCCUCGAUACAAGUAUGGGGAAUUCACACUCAUCGUCAUGUCGCGUAAUUAGUAUAUAAAAAUAAAUUCUAAAAUGGAAGAAACGAAGAUAUCAUUAUCACUGAUUAUCAAAAAAAAAAAAAAAUAGGAAAAAAGAAGAAAACACGAGAAUAAGAGGAGAAGGAGAGGAAAAUAAUAUAUUCGUGUAAUAAUGCUCGCGUGACGAUCGGCUUUUUGGAACCGUCGCGCGAUCGAUUAAUCGUACUGUAACGUGGACGAUAAAAAACGAUCGAUUUUUCCGUCGACGUUACGAAAACAAACCCAAGCGAGCCAACGAGAUUCUAUUUGGAACAUUUUAGGCAACUAUUUUCCGUUCUUUCGUUUCUCCUUGGAAUAGAAUCUUGGUGUGCGCGUGUAUCUUGAAACGAGAACAAGUUCUAAAAGGAGUGAGGAAAGAAAACGAAA